AAUGUGACAGAUUUAACAUUUCUUUGGUGAAAUAGUUAGGGUGUCAUUGCACAAAUGGAGGAAUUUGUCAAGACGUCGCUGGACCCAACGUCUGGAACAGCGUCAGAUUUCAGAGGGAAUGAGGGGUCAUUGGUAUCUGCCCUCAAGACCCUGCUGUUUUUUACAAUUCUCAUGGUGACUGUACCAAUAGGAUUAUAUUUCGUAUCAAAGGCGUACAUCUUUGAAGCUUCACUCCAGAUGUCCAACACAGACAGCUACUUCUAUGCUGCCAUUGUAGCAGUCCUUGCAGUACAUGUGGUGUUGGCCCUCUUUGUGUAUGUGGCGUGGAAUGAAGGCUCUCCACGGAAGAGCAAAGGCAAGCAUGACUAGAAAGGAAUGGUAUGCCUGCCAGGGCAGAGUGCACAAAAAGCAACACUGACAUCCAAAAAGACCUCUCCUGCAGACUAGCAGCGAGCCGCCUGUUGAUGUCUCGCUGAGGGCUUAGAGAACAGUGGAUGUCUUAAAGACAUUUGGCUGUUUUGAAGCAAAGGGAGGAAUGGAAGAUUUUGAUAAGCUGUUUUGAUCCAAGUAAAUAUUGACAAGCCCCCCAAGCAGCCUCAGCAGGAAUGUUCCAGAAAAAAAAAUCCAACAGAGGCCUCAGACUUGGGCAAAUCAGCCUGCACUCAGUGUUAGAUCUAUAACACAAUUAAAAUGGUACACUUGUCCAAUGUCAGCUUUUACUGUGCUCCUGAGAUUGUCCCACUUAUUUUGUUAAAUUAUUUAUG